GCUAGCUUAAACCUAACAAUCUCUGAGAGUAUUGUAUUAUCAUCAAAAGAUUCUUGUCUCUCCGAUCCUCAUCGUUCUCCAGUAGUCUCACCUGAAGAAUCUCCAAGUUUCUUUUGACCACACAUCUUCAAUGGCGGAUGCUCAAACUCCAUCUCUCUCCGAGCAAUAUCAUUUGGAGAAAGAUGUAAAGCAAGAUACUACUGCCAAGCCUGUGGAAGUGAAAGAGGUAGUACCAGAAGUUACUAAACAAGUUGAAGAGGUUACCACGGAACAAACUAAGGAAGAAUCUCCUGUUGAGAAAGCGGUUUCUGCGGUUGAAGAGAAGGUUGAAUCUGCUCUUGCUUCAACCGAAGAGGCUUCUGAGGCUCCUGCUGCUGCGGAAGACAAUGCUGAAGAGACCCCUGCUGCUACCGAGGAAAAUAAUGACGAAAACUCUAGUGAAGCAGUUGCUGAGGAAACUCCUGAUGAGAUCAAGCUUGAGACAGCUCCUGCUGAUUUCCGUUUCCCGACAACAAACCAAACUAGGCAUUGUUUCACUCGUUACAUUGAAUAUCACAGAUGUGUAGCUGCUAAGGGUGAUGAAGCUCCAGAAUGUGAUAAGUUUGCUAAGUUUUACCGAUCUCUUUGCCCCAGUGAAUGGGUUGAUAGGUGGAACGAGCAAAGAGAGAAUGGAACAUUCCCCGGCCCUCUUUAAGACAGUCUCCUAAAGAAGAAUCAUAUGCCUGUCAUUCCUCUUUGCUGUUACCUUCAUGAUGUCUCGAGUUACAUUGCAGAGUUUAAUAAGAUUUUACAAACCAGCACUUCUGGUUCCCAUCAAUCAUAAAAUGUGAGAAUUUAACAAAACUUGAUAAUCUCAAAUUUUCUCUUAUAUAAGUUUUGAGGAUCAUCUGAUUUUGAUAUGUUUUCUUCCUGA